AUGUCUUCGAGUAGAAAGAAAAUUCUUCUUAAAGUUAUUAUACUGGGUGAUAGCGGUGUCGGCAAAACCUCACUAAUGAAUCAGUACGUUACUCAGCGGUUCAGUAAUCAAUACAAAGCAACGAUCGGGGCCGAUUUUAUGACCAAGGAAACUAUGGUGGAUGAUCGUGUUGCUACUCUCCAAAUAUGGGAUACUGCCGGUCAGGAACGUUUUCAGUCUUUGGGGGUCGCGUUUUAUCGUGGAGCGGACUGUUGUGUACUUGUGUACGACGUGACGAUGCCGAACACUUUCAAGACGCUGGACUCUUGGCGUGACGAAUUCCUUAUUCAAGCAAGCCCUCGGGACCCUGAAAACUUCCCAUUUGUUCUUAUUGGCAACAAGAUU